GGCCCGCCCCCUCGGGCGGGAAGGGGGAAGCGCCGAGGCUGCCUGAUUGGAAUGAGGGUAGCUGCUGCGACUGCGGCGGCGGGAGCGGGGCCGGCCAUGGCGGUGUGGACGCGGGCCACCAAAGCGGGACUGGUAGAGCUGCUCCUGAGGGAGCGCUGGGUCCGGGUAGUGGCCGAGCUGAGCGGGGAGAGCCUGAGUCUGACGGGCGACGCAGCGACGGCUGAGCCCGAGCCCGUUCUAGGGCCCGCGGCGGCCGCCUUCAACGGCCUCCCUAACGGCGGCGGCGCCGGAGACUCGCUGCCCGGGAGCCCGAGCCGCGGCCUGGGCCCCCCGAGCCCACCCGAGCCGCCGCGGGGCUCCGGUGGUGAGGCGGGCGCGUCACCGCCGGUGCGCCGGGUGCGGGUGGUGAAACAGGAGGCGGGCGGCCUGGGCAUCAGCAUCAAGGGCGGCCGCGAGAACCGGAUGCCGAUCCUCAUCUCCAAGAUCUUCCCGGGACUGGCGGCCGACCAGAGCCGGGCGCUGCGGCUGGGAGACGCCAUCCUGUCGGUGAACGGCACCGACCUACGCCAGGCCACCCACGACCAGGCGGUGCAGGCGCUGAAGCGCGCGGGCAAGGAGGUGCUGUUGGAAGUAAAGUUCAUCCGAGAAGUAACGCCAUAUAUCAAGAAGCCAUCAUUAGUAUCAGAUCUGCCAUGGGAAGGUGCAGCUCCCCAGUCACCAAGCUUUAGUGGCAGUGAGGACUCUGGUUCUCCAAAACACCAAAACAGCACCAAGGACAGGAAGGUCAUUCCUCUCAAAAUGUGCUUUGCUGCUAGAAACCUAAGCAUGCCGGAUCUGGAAAACAGAUUGAUAGAGCUACAUUCUCCUGAUAGCAGGAACACGUUGAUCCUACGCUGCAAGGAUACAGCCACAGCACACUCCUGGUUCGUAGCUAUCCACACCAACAUAAUGGCUCUCCUCCCACAGGUGUUGGCUGAACUCAAUGCCAUGCUUGGUGCAACCAGUACAGCGGGAGGCAGCAAGGAGGUCAAGCACAUUGCCUGGCUGGCAGAACAGGCAAAACUAGAUGGUGGAAGACAACAAUGGAGACCUGUCCUCAUGGCUGUGACUGAGAAGGAUUUGCUGCUUUAUGAUUGUAUGCCAUGGACAAGGGAUGCCUGGGCGUCACCAUGUCACAGCUACCCUCUUGUUGCCACAAGGUUGGUUCAUUCUGGUUCUGGAUGUCGAUCACCCUCUCUUGGAUCUGACCUUACGUUUGCUACCAGGACAGGCUCCCGGCAGGGUAUUGAGAUGCAUCUUUUCAGGGUGGAGACUCAUCGGGAUCUGUCGACCUGGACCAGGAUACUCGUUCAGGGUUGCCAUGCUGCUGCUGAGCUGAUCAAGGAAGUCUCUCUAGGCUGCACAUUAAAUGGCCAAGAGGUAAGACUCACUGUCCACUAUGAAAAUGGAUUCACCAUCUCCAGGGAAAAUGGAGGUUCCAGCAGCAUAUUGUACCGCUACCCCUUUGAAAGGCUGAAAAUGUCUGCUGAUGAUGGCAUCAGAAAUCUGUAUCUGGAUUUUGGUGGUCCUGAGGGAGAACUGACCAUGGAUCUGCACUCCUGUCCAAAGCCGAUUGUAUUUGUGUUGCACACAUUCUUGUCGGCAAAAGUCACUCGCAUGGGACUGCUUGUAUGAGCAGCAGCAAAAAAAAAAAAAAAAAAAAAAAAAAAUCGGUAAAGAGCCUUGAAUGUUGUAAGAAGUAUUUCCACCUCAAAAAAAAAAAAAAGCACAAAAAGAAAGCUCUUUGCUCUCUCCUCCAGCACAGUGCCUUGACAAGGACUUGCAAAUCACUGCUGAACUGUAACCAUGUUUAAAGAAGAGCCUACCUUUCACAAGCUACCUUGGCCAGAAAUCCUAGGACUCUAAUAAGCUCCAAAAUGAAGUUGUUGAUUUAUUGUCUAGUUUCCUAAUGUGGUUUCUAAGUAAUUAGGUUUAUUUCCCCUGUUAAGAAGGGUGGCUCAUUGAUUUUCUUUCUGGGCAUAAUCAAACAUCCAAGAGUUUUUUUUUUUCUUCUUCUUCCAGUAGGAUUUGUUUCAGGCUUAUCUUUGGCCUCUUGCUUAGGACAGUUAUCUCUUCCCAGGUGCUAGUUUGCAGCAGCCCGUGCUUCCUGGUCAUUCCAGAUAGGUUAUACACUUUGUUGGAGUUUACUGUCCUCACUCCUUCCACCCUAGGAAGUCCUUGAAUUGCAUCACCAAAGGGUUCUUCGUCUGUCCUCGCUCUCCUUGCAUCCCACCCUGGCCAUCACUUCCCACCACAUCACAAGCUUUGCCACUCAUAAGUGGCACUAACUCUUAAGAUUUAGAACUUGUGAAAUUUGAUUUGCCUUGCUCUCCACUUCCUUUCUAGUGGUAACUAAGUUGAAAAGCAAGUUGUAAACCACUGCUUUGAAAGAAAAGUUUUGCUUGUUUUAGGAUUUUCUGAUUUUAUCUUUGGUAGGAGCCAGGGGAUAAGAUUUCUUUUAAAGAAAAUCCUCAUUUUAGCCUAAGCCAUUUUUUAUUGCUUACCAAAUGUGCCUUUGGUUAGGGUUAGUGGAGCUCUAUUAGUCAUUAUUUGAAUAACUGGAUAUCACUGCCAUUCCAGGGACAUCAUCUGUCCUAGUUUUGAGGAAUAGGUUUUGAGGUGGGUUUCCUUAGUGUGGUAUCUUUUCUAGUUGGCAGAUCGCUUUGAGAAAGAUAAAUCCUGGAAAGCCAGCUUGUUUAGAGUACACUUUGUCAGUGAAGCCAGCUCUUUAGCACAAACAUUGUGUCAGUGGCUUUGGGCUGUGUGCGCCCGUGCAGGAUCCUGGUCCUGGCCCUCUCCCUGUGUGGCAGCACCGUGGCACGCGUCAGCAGCUGCUAAUUCAGUGCUCAGCGAUGCAUCCUGCAAUGGGCAGGGUGCUGAGACCAUGGAACGGCUGACCGGGGCUUUGCUAAGCAUUGCCAGAUGUCAUCAUUAGGACAUAGCAGCAGUAAGAUUGCUGAUGUUGUGGCAUUGGAGAAUCACACUUAGCUUCUUUUUCCUAAUUAUGAAGAAACAUCUGAAAAUAUUUAAAAUAGUAUAAUAGCUGUAUAAAAUGUCAGUGUUAGCAUAGUCCCCAGACCUGAAAGAAAAGGUAAUAUUGACUUGGAUGUUCUCUGUGCUCUCUGAAGAAAGAUCUAGGAGUGAUAGUUCUCAUUUACUAGAUUUAACAGUAAUGCUGUAAGAGGAUAUGAGCACUAUGGAAGUGGAGGAGCAGUCCAAAGACUGAAAACAAAAACAAAACCCCACAAAUAUACUACAUGCAAAACAAGAGCUAUUUGGUUUAAGUGGAAACCAACGGAUAGGUGGGGCAUGAGAAAGAGCAGACCCACGAGCAGAGAGAAUUCUAGCGAGACAUCGUUACCUCGUUGUCUUCUUCCCUCUGCCCAUAAAUCAGUUCUUCCCCCAGCUAUAGUUCCCAAAAUGAGUUAUCUGAUCUACUUAAAACCAGAAAUUGAAAUCUCUACUAGAAUUGUCUUUCAAGAGCUUUUUUUAUGUUUUGAAAAUUCAUAAACCUAAGUUUGGAUACGUUUGCAAGUCAGGGAAGAAAGAAAGUAUCUUGAAGAUCUGGAAGCAGAAUUUCAACACAUAAUGCCCUCAGGUAAGGGAGGUUAGACACUCUUUGCAGUGAGAGUAUUAUUAAUCUGAGGAGUUGAAUGAUGCAGUCACAGACUUUUGCAGCAAAGCCAUUUGGCUGAGGUUUUCUGUUAGUGUGAAAGGUUAAGCCAAUGAAAAUAUUUUUAGGGGAAACUUCUGAGCCACCCUGCUCAUUCAUUACAUGAAAAAGAUCUGUUAAAAAGGUGUGAUUAAAAUUUGGGCAGAAGAGGUAAGGCAUUGUGUGCAUUUCAGCUCAUUUUGCUCAAGCUUAAACUGUCAUAGCACCAAGGUCCAUAGCGUUUCUAAUAUCUCUUGAGUCUGGACGGGAAGUGAAGGUAUAUGGGGGAGUUUCCUUUGACCACCAGCGCCCCCAAGAGCACGAGCCCUUACGCUGCUUGUUUAACAUCACAGCUUUCUAAUCAUGGGUGAUCAGGUUGUUCUUCAAGCAAAUGUUUGUGGGAUUUUCACACCACAGAUGAAGUACUAGAUUUCUAUGAAUGGGACACCCUUGAUAAAUAGAUAUUUUGUAUUAAGAUGCCAAAAGGUGGCAAAUUAUUUUCAAAUGAUAACUGAAAAUGGGCAUUUUUGAUAUUUCACAUCUUUUCUAGAACAGCUGACUUUUCAUUUCUUUUUCAUUUUGAAUUAGGAAAAUUAUUGAGAAUGUGGUAGGCUUCCACAUGUCGAAUGAAAAGAAACCGCAGAUGGUGUCCCCCCAUUACAAUGGCCACUUCCUGCGCCCUCUGGACCUAGGGCUUAGAUGUCUUCUCCACAUUCCACACAUGCCUAUGAGCAGCAAACUGGUGUGUGAAAAUUCUUCCUCCCUGUUUCCUAAAACUUCUCCUCUUCCUCUGCAAAAAAAAAGAAAAAAAAAAAAAGAGGAACAAAGGAGAAAAGGCUCAGUUACUCUUUUUCUGAAAAAGGUGAGUCCUUCCCUGAAGUCAUCAGACAAACCUUACCUAGAAAUUAGUAUCUGAUAUUUUAUAUGAAGAAAUACUUUAAUGUAUGUUUAUACGGUAUUUAUUAGGUAGUUGUAACUGUAAACUCACCUACCUAGUAGAGUUUCAGAUUAAAUAUCGGGACAUGUACAGGAGUCAAAAAUAUUACUUUAAAUGUCAUUCACCUGUUUUAAAGCCAUGUGUUAGCACUUUUUAGGCUUGGUGAUAUCUUAUAGUGCCUGUUUUUAUCAUCUGUACUCUCAACUUUGUUAUUGAAAAUUAUUGCAUGGCAGGAGAGAUUGAAUUAUUUAUUUCUUAUAUUUUUAUAUGUGGAAAAAUCUCUCUAACCAAAAAUGAUUAAAGUUGUUACUGAUUGUUUUCUUAAUUUAUCCUCCCAAACAAUAUGGUAACAAAGCUUUUUUCAUCUGAUUAAAUGCACUUAGCUAAUAAACCAAAAUUUAUUAUUUUCUUUUUUUCAAAGUUUAUUCUAUAAAAAAAAUAAUUAAGCUGUGUGGAAUCUGGACAAGAUUAUGUUUCUCCCCAGAAAAAACACAUUUCACUGUAAGUGGUUUUGAUGGACAAGUGUGACCACUUUUGAGAAAAGGUUAUAAUGGAUUUUUUUUUAAUUUUGUGAGAAUCUCCAGGUCUUCUUGUUUAAUCUAUAUACAUAUGGAUAAAUUUAUAUGUUUUCAAAAACAUGGAAGAAUCUCCAUAUUUUAAAUGCAAAUUAUCUUGCAAGCUGCUAUGCAAAAUCUAUUAAAAGCCCUACCUAGUUAAAGAGUUGAACAUUUUUGAAGCUUUCAGGGAAGACCUGCAGACUUGAGCACUUUCUCUGCUUUUUUGUAUCUUAGACACUUAUGCAAAUUAUGUUCUUAUUAUUUUCACUGGUUAUAAGCUAUUGAUUGUACAUAAUAUUUAAGCCAUCCAAAUAUCCAGCAUACAUUUCCGUGUCGCUGCCAUCCAUCAUUGACGCCAUGAAUGAAAUGGCUGGUUAGAAAACCAAAGGUCGUCUUUUUUUUCAAUCCCCAAUGAAGAAGUAAAAUGCCAGAUCUCUUUGGUCUCAAAGCAUAUUGAGAUCUGCAUACCUAUGUAAGGAAAGAGACUUAUUUGGGAUUCUGCUUAAAGUUGAAUGUGACUAUAGUCAUAUUCAUUCAUUUUGUAUAACUCUAUCAGGUGUAUUAUGUGCCAGGUGGUAUUAUAUCUCACCUUGAGAUUGGAAAUCUCUUUCAUUUAUAUUUUAAUUGUUAUUGUAGCUUUUUUUUCUCCUUUAGAUGAAAGUAGAGGAAUCUGCCAUCUUCUACCAUUCUCUUUGUGUUCCUAUCUUAAUUGCUUGCUAAUCUAGAAUUAUUUUGACUUUCUACACGUUCUUUAAAAUUGACAGCAGCAGUUCCCCACCCCCCACCACCACCUUUUUAAGCUCUUUCACUGUGCUGGGCAUAGAGACACUCAAUAAAUGUAUGAUGAUAGACAAUUCUUAAAUAAUUAUGUUGCAUAUCAAAACUAUGUGUUUUUGAUCAAUAUAGCUAUUCCUAUAGUAUAAUGAUAUUAAGUGAAAUUUAUUUUACACUAGUAAUAGACUACUUAAGUGGCUUAUUUGAAACCCUUUCUCUAAAGAACACACACACACAUCUAGCAGAUAAUUUCAAGUUAAGGUAAUUUCAAGUUAAGGUAAGGUACAAUAAAUAGACACAUAGAACACAUCUAUCUUCUUAUCUCUUUUCAGCACUAGCUAAACUGCCAACUGGAAGAAUGGUUAUGUAUUAACUCAAAAAAAUAUUUCAACAAGAUUUCUUCUUUUAUAAACUUGAUAAACUUGAGCUUAAUCUCUUGUCACCUCUUACUCUUCCUUUCCACUUCAGGUGACUGAACCAAAGUAUAUUCUGGUUUUAAAAGUCAAUCAACAUUUGAUGUAAUGCAUAAAUAUGCCAUUUGCAAGUGAUUGCUUUCUCUCCAUUAGCCUGUAUUCAACAAAAGUCUACCAUACAAACUGUAAUCCUUAAAUUGCCACAAAAUAGACUGGUUGAAACUAAAAGGAUAUAACAGAAAUGAUACUUCAUUUUAACGUAAGGUUAGGUAUUCUGGUAGAUUUCUAACUUCUGAGUCCUGUAAGUACUUUACUCAGUUUUGUAAUAGUCUUAUUUCCAUGCCAUUGACACAAAUGCAAGUUUUUGAGUCCCUUUCGCCCAGUCACAUAUACAUCCUGGGAACCCAAUUGUUUUAUCACCUCUUCCAAAGUGAUAGAAGUCUCUUACAAAUAGACAAAAGGUUCUCUGGGGCCCUACAGAAAUUUUUGAAACUGCAAGCCUAGUUAAUGGUACAUUAACUCAUGUAUUCUUUCAUCUAAUAAGCAUUUAUCAAUGUACAGUUCUUCACAGGCACUCUGAAGGGUCCAAAAGAAAGUUUCUGCCCUCAAGUAGCACAUAAUCCAUUAUUUCUCGGGUGCACCAUGCCAUCUGUUUAUCAAUCAGAAGUUAAGUAACUAACCACUUCAUAUUUUUACCAAAGUACAUCUGCAGUUCUGCCCAUCUGGCAAACUGGAAAAUAUUUAAAAGGAUGUUCAAUCUUUGGUCCGUGCCAGCAUGAAAGAACUCUAAGCACAUUUAAGUGGGUUGGUCUUUUCAUCAUGCAUAAUUUUUUUAAUGUAAAAUCAGACUUUAGUUGGGAAGAACAGUGUAGAAUAUCCUAUAGGAUAGAUCACAACAACAACAAAAAUUAAGCUCUACUGCCCAAAGUGGAAAGUCUUUUUAAAGAAAUGCUUCUUUUAACUAUAAACAGCAAAGAUAAAUGUUAUAUUUCAUCUACCCCCUCUCUAGAUUGUGCUGACCCAUUCAUUUCCACAUUUACAGACUUUAAACAUCUCAUUUGCUGUAAGUCCAUACACAUGGUAGAUGCACUGUUUCUCCAUCUGAGAGAUUAAAACUCAGCAAAAUUCCACUUACUCUAGAAUACUCGGGCAUUGAAACUGAGUAGAAAGGGCACCUAAAAAAACUAGAGAGUUUUCCAAAGUUUUCAUUCAGUAACAAUCCCUUUAUAUCCAGCAUGCCUUCCAUCUGUCACUGGAGUCAGCCUCUCAGGCACAUCCUUUGUCCUGCCCAGAAAGUAUCUGAGCUGUCAGUGUUUGGAAUAGCAUGGGGAACGCAGUUUCCUGGGCUCCUUCCCCUUUGCUUUCAGUGUCCUGGAGUUGCACACACAUUAGGUCAUGCCUUCAUUAUCUGUCUUUAAACCAACCCUUUGACAAUAGGUGCUAAUGAUUAUGUAUGAUUGUAACCAGCACAUAAGUAUUGUCACGUGUCUGUUCCUCCCAGGUUGGAAGACGUACUUUUGUUCUAUUUCAGUCCUGUUCAAGUGGGUGUCAGUUACAAUUUUUCACCUCAGUUUUGUGAAUUAAUAGAAUUUGAAGGAGAGGAAAUGAUUUAAACUCAGUUUUGGGUUUGGCACAAUCAUCGAUCUUUCUGAUACUCUUCACACCUUAAAGCAAAUCUGCCCUGUCAUAAGAACCAACUUCAGAUUGUUUUUCUCUAAGUUAGGACUCAGUGUUAUGUUUACAGCCUGUUAGAUGGGUUCCGUAAGAUAGGACCUCGGUGCCCAAAGAAUCUGUUUCCCUUUUGGUACCCAACCCAGGGUCUUUUAGAAGAUAAUGUGGCAAACCACUACCCAGAAAGGCCUGUUUUGGCUAAUCUGUGCAAACUUUGAUUAUACCUGCUUGUAUGUAUUGUGUCCUACGCAACUUUCAUUUUUAUUGUAUUAAGACUUAGAAUACGGCUUAUACAAAGGAUUAAAAGUAUGUGAUAUCCUGGUUUUUUCUUCUUUCUAGACCCCUGUAUUUAAACAAGGCUUCUUUUUAAGUGUUGUUUAAAAUCUAAGUCUCAAAUCUUCUGGCAUCACCAGACUACCAAAUCAAAACCCAUGGCAUAAAACAGGGCAGUAUUUGUGUUCUUAAUAAUAAAAAAGCUUUAAGUAUUAAGUAUAAUGCAUAGACAACACUUUCCCUUGAGUUGCACAUCAACAUAUAGCAUUGUACAUUACAAUGAAAAUUUGUAACUUAAGGGUAUUAUAUAUAUAAAUACAUACAUACCUUUGUAACCUUUAUACUGUAAAUAAAAGAAUUGCUU